AUGGACAGAUAUGACCAUUUGACUGCCUUUGCAGGCAGAGCAACAGGAAAAAUUGUACACCCAGAAGGACAGAUGCCUGUGAAGGAUGCAGACAACAGAGACCCAGGGCUAGUCAAUGUCAGUAGGCUGCCUACAGGGAUUUCAAGACCAAUCUUCAAGGCGAGUCCCAUAUAUCAGAACAGUAAGCAUCCAUCCCCUUCUCAAGCAUCGCAGUUCCAAGGAUUUCAACAGCUUAACAAAAUCACACCAAACCAUUCAUCUACAGACAUAAAAACAUUUAACUUUCAAUUAUCUAAUAUGAGUAAUGAUAGCCAACAAGAGAAAAUUGGGAAUCCCCAACCAAAUAUGUCAAACUCCCGCGCACAAUUCAACUGCCUACAAUCAAUUCAAGACAAAAUGACAGUGAGUAGAGCUGGCAGCUCUGUUCAGAUGACUCCAGAGAAAAUGACAGAAGCAGAAGAGAAAUCCCGCAAUGCAUGGAAGAAUAUUAAAAAAUCCUAUGCACAGAAAAAAAAGCCAGCACAAAAAGUACCUCAUUUUGUUCCUGAUCAAGCACCCGAGGGGAAAAGAACAACCCCCCACAAUCCUGCACAUGCCAUCCGAAAGUCAAGGAUGAUCUAUGGUGUCCAUAUGAGGUCAUUUAGGGAUCGGGUAAUUCAUUUACUGGCACUGAAAGACUACAAGAAAUCGGAACUUCUCGUUCAACUGCAAAAGGACGGUAUCAAAAUAAAUGACACCAGUUUUCUUGGAAAAAUUCUUCUGCAGGUGGCUAAUUUGAAUGCCACUACUUUGUCUUAUACUUUAAAAGAUAGUAUCUUCAAAGAGGUCCAGAGAGAUUGGCCCGGUUAUAAUAAGGAAGACAAGCAGUCACUGGAUUUGGUGCUUUCCAGGAAACUGCAUCCAUUUCACAAUGCCACCAAGGCCACCUAUAGCAAAGAAGCAUCUGUAGUUUCUAAAACAGAUGAUACAUCAUCCUCAAAGGAUCACUUUCUCCAUUUAUCUGGUAUUGACACUUUAAUUAAAAAUAAAGGAGGACUCUGUUCCCCUAAAUCUGCUGUGUCAUUAGCAUCGAAAAGCCAUGGAAACAGUGAGAAGUCAGUGAAUCUGCAGUGUUCUGCAGCUACUACCAAAUAUAUCCCUUUGCCACUGCCUACCUCUCACCUGCCAAUUUCGAAUUCACCACAGCUCAGGAAAUCCAAUCGUAAUGUUCACAGUGCUCCACAAAGAUCUGAGAGUAGACACCCAUGUGACAGGGUCCACCAUGAUGGCAGCACGGUUGAAAAGGAAAUGAAUAAAUGCACAUCUUCAGAAACCUCAUCCUGUACUUCUGCUCAAAAAAAGCAUUCAAAGCCAAUAGAUAUGAUGCAGCAUUUCAUGCCUGAGAAGUUCAAAUGUGCAUUUGCAAAGCGAAAAACAACCAUCCCAAUUUACAUUACCAGCAUGAAGGAGAAACCGAAGAUUGAUUUUAAUAAACAAGAUGAAACUAUGAAGUCAAAUUCCAACAAAGAAAUUAAAAUGGCUUUUGCUGAUUCUGGAAGGCUCGGCACUACAUCUGGAACUCCAGAGUAUUUGUCUAAUUAUACCGUUAUAGUUUCCUCUGACCAACGUCAGUGUUAUGAGAAGGAAUUCUGGGCAGAUUAUAGUGAAUAUCAGGCCAUGUAUGACAAGAUACAGAUUUCAUGUACACCAAUCAUUGACCUAGAUUCAGAAAGGAAGGGAUUUUCCCCAGGAUCAAAAGAAUACCAAGAUAUUACUAAAAAAAUCUCAGUAGAAUAUCAGAAAUUGCGUCAGCUUAAUCCUAAAUUUUGUAAAGAAAAAAAUAGAUGUGUGUUUCUUUACAACAAGCUGGUUCACAUUAAAAAAUUAAUAAAUGAUUUUGACCAGCAAGGAAUAAAGUCAACACAGUAA